CCCCAGCUAGUAGCUAGGGCACCGCGCACGCGGCACGCCCCGGCCCCCGCUCUAUUUAUGCCGCUAGCUAGCGACACCGACCAGGUCACUUCAUUCCCUUGUCACUAGCUAGAUCGACUGACUGGAGAGGAGCUAUCGUCUACCUCUGGGCGAGCUGCGUGUCCCUGCCGUCCUUCUCGCUCCUGUGGUCGCCGCGCGCGGCGCUGCGAUGGGGCGGUCGCCGUGCUGCGAGAAGGAGGCCGGGCUGAAGAAGGGGCCGUGGACGUCCGAGGAGGACCAGAAACUGCUGGCCUUCAUCGAGCAGCACGGACACGGCUGCUGGCGCUCGCUGCCGGCCAAGGCCGGUCUGCGGCGGUGCGGCAAGAGCUGCCGGCUCCGGUGGACCAACUACCUGCGGCCGGACAUCAAGCGGGGCAAGUUCACGCUGCAGGAGGAGCAGACCAUCAUCCAGCUCCACGCUCUCCUCGGCAACAGGUGGUCGUCGAUCGCGACGCACCUGCCCAAGCGCACGGACAACGAGAUCAAGAACUACUGGAACACGCACCUCAAGAAGCGGCUCGCCAAGAUGGGCAUCGACCCCGUCACGCACAAGGCCCGCGCCGACGUCGUGGGAGGCUCCUCUGGCGCCGGCAACAACUCUGGAGCGCGCUACAGGGCCGCCGCGCACCUCAGCCACACGGCGCAGUGGGAGAGCGCGCGCCUCGAGGCCGAGGCGCGUCUGGCGCGCGAGGCCAGGCUGCGUGCCCUUUCCUCGCCGCCGCCGCCGCCAGGGCCCGGGCCGGGCCCCGCGUUUAGCGGGCUCGAGUCGCCGACAUCGACUCUGAGCUUCUCCGAGAGCGUGCUGUUCGCCAGUGCGGCGCACGACACCCACGCCCUGACGCCACGCGCUUACGCAGAGGCGUUCGGGGCGGAGCAGCAACAGCGCUUCGCUGACACUGCCGCGGCCGCCGCCGACGCCGCGCCAGGCUUCCUUGCAGGCGUCCUUCUCGGCUGCUCCGUCGCCGGCGCGGAGAAGGGGUUCGCGGCCUCGUCGACGGACGCCAGCGUCUGUGAGCAGCAGCAGGAGGAAGAGGACAAGGGCUACUGGAGCAGCAUACUGAACAUGGUCAACUCCUCCAUGUCGUCGUCCUCGUCCUCGCUGACUUCCGAUGCUGUCACGGACCCCGCCGCCGCGUACUUGCCGCCGGCGACGGCGGCGGCCGAGUUCUGAGUGAUUGUCGUGCAAUAAUAACGAACCUGUGCUAAUGUUACCUUGUCAUGUGUGUUGCUUACUAGUAGGUGCGUUUUGGUGCUAGUUAGUUUAUUUACGUGCUAAUGGGGUGUCGUCCACGUGUGCUUGUGCUUUAUGAUGUGCAAUAAUAAACAUGUACGUACUGAUUUUGUUUG